UGUUCGGCACGCAUGCGGCUUGGGACGCGCAGAAUUUAAAUUUCCAACUGAAGACCAACGGAUCGCACGGAAGCUCAACCAAGAGUCGGAGUUCUGUUUACGUCGCUAACUUUCCGCUCUUUUGGGAGCUUUUAGCUGGUUCUGGUGUUCAGAAUGGACCCGUUUACAGAGAAACUCCUGGAGCGAACUCGCCAGAGGCGAGAGCUACUGGCCCAGAAGAUGGCAGAGAGGCCCACACCAACUCCCCGCAAGCGUAUGUUGGAGAGAAUGCCACUGAGAGACACUGAGAACGUACAGGACAAUCAGGAGGAGGAUUCUCCCAAUAAGAAGCCUCGGGCACAUGAUGCUGACCAGACGGAGGCCAAGGCCGCCGCGGUGGAGAAGCUGCUUGGUAAAUCCGGAGGCCACGGUACGGCAGGGCUGCGUUCUCGUAUGCAGGAACUAGCCAGUCAGCGCAGGAAAUGGGAGCGAGGUGAGGUUCAGGUAGAGCAGGAGGCACCAGCUGCACCCAGUACUGUAGACCAGGCCCUCUCCCCCACACCAAAGCCCAGAGCACAGCCUGCAUCUGCAUCCUCCUCCAGCAGGGGGCGCUUUGCUCACCUGGCUGCAAAGCAGAACAGCUGGGAGGAUGACACCCACAACCAGGGAUUUGGUGCUAUGCACAGGGAGGAAAAGAAGAAGCAGGCCCCCAAAGCUCCUGUACAGACCAGUGUCCAGAAACGCCAGGCUCCCACCAUUCCCAAGGAGGAGCCUCAGAAGAAAUCGGCCAACACAGGUGGUGGAUUCUGGGGAGGCAAGGAGCCCCGUCUGAGUGUCAGUGAGUCAAAGCCUGUCCACAAACCAACUGUUAAGACAGCAGAGAGCAAGAAGCCCACACCAGCCCCUGCUAGUGACAAGCCUGCUUCUUCCAGCCCCUUUGUAAGUGGCAGAGCUGCACUGUUUGACAAGCAAACACCGAAACAAACUCCAACAAAAACUGUCAAGGAGACAAAAGCACCAGUCAAGACCUCCCAGCCGCCCAGUACGGACAAUGGUGAGGUUGUGGAGGAGAAGCCAGUGUCUGUCAAGUUUGCUGCACAGUUGUUUGCAGCUCAAGAGGAAAAGGCAAAAAGGGAAGCCAAAAACACAUGGUUAGUCCAAAAGGAGAAGCUGAAACAGCCUGCAAAGCCUGCUGGGAAUGGCAGGUUUGGAGACAGGAUACCUGCCAAGGAGCCCGUGAAAGAGACUCCAGUCACACCUGCUGAGCAGGGUACUCCUGCCAACAAGGCCGGUCCAGCGACUAAGUCUGUUCAUGACCGUCUGAGAGAGGCUGCUCAGAACAGGCAGCGGGAGAAUGACCCGGCAGCACAGAUGAAGAAGGAGCGGCAGGCUGAACUGGCCCAGCUCAAGAACCGCUGGGAGAAAUGGGGAGUCAAGAAGGACGAGCCCAGUGAGGAGACCACAGCUGCCCCAAAGACUGAGUCUGCGGCCCCCUGUUUCACACCAUGGGACAAACCCAAGCAGAGACAACAGAAACAGGAGCCUGAACCUGAGAGUGAGGAGGACUCAGAAGAAGAGGAGAUGUCAGGUGUUGAAGAAAGCAGUAACAAGCCAAAAGAACCAGAGGUGCCCAGUGUACAGGAGGAAGAGGAUGAUGAUGAGGAGGAGGAAGAUGAGGAGAAGAACAUGACUAAAGAUCUAGAUGAUCUACUUGAUGAGGUGAUAGAUUCUCCCCCGGUGAAGGAUCCCACCCCACCACGCAAACAGGAGCCCCGCAGACAGGAGCCCCGCAGACAGGAGCCCCGCAGACAGGAAAAGGCAAAGAAGGUGGCCUUUACUGCUGAGUCAACCGGCCCCAAGAUCCCCAAGUCCAGUUCAGCAGAGAGUGUGGUGCCCUCUUCUGUUGAGGAGGUUGAUGAACGGCCACUCAUGUACAGUUUGGAGUGUUACAGGUCAAUGCGCAAGUCCAAGUCAAGACCCAAUGCUGUCAAAACCAUUGUGCGGAACCACAAGCCCGCCAGUAUUGCUAGUGAUGACGAAGGCGCUGCACCAAGUCCGGAGGUCCCAGCAAGGCCCAGUCGCCGGGUACCCAUCAAGGACAAGGUCAAACAUCUCAUGGAGCAGGUGUCCACCCAGCAGACCAUCGUCCACCAGGCCAGCCAGGCGCUGAACGUCUGCCGUGAUGCGGAACACGGGAAGGGCUCUGCGGAGGAGGUGGAGGCUGAAAGGCUGCUGCUGAUUGCAACUCAGCGGCGUCUGGCUCUAUUGGCAGAGACACAGCGUCUGAAGAACCUGGGCCCUGAUGGUGAGAGGGAGGAGGCUAUGGAAGGAGCCAAGCCAUGCAGAGGGACCCUGACCAUCACCGACAUCAAACUCCCCCUGAAGGGCGAGUUUCUCUUCUCCCUGAAGGAGGGGAACGUCCCCGGGGAUGACUACUUCUUCUGUCUGAUCUACAACGGCCCUGAGAAGGUCAUCCCCACCAUGAUGCUCAGUACGGCCGACAAGAUUGCCGGGGACAGUCUGUGGUUCACCAACCACAUCGUCCUCAACGACAUCAACAGUAACUUUGACGUCAAGAUCGAGGUGUACAACAUGCGCAUGAAGCGGCUCAAGCCCGACAGCCAACAGAAGUCUGCCCUGGGCAGUCUUCUGGGCAUGCCCUCCCCCAAGCUGAAGAACCUGGCACCAAAGAAGAUUUUCACCAACAUCAUGGGCAAAGACUCCUCCAUGAGCCCCCUGCUGCGGAGCCUGGGGGGUCCCAGCGCUGUUCGUAACAGCAGCUUUGUCCUGAUGGGGGAGACUCACAUCAGGCUGUGUGACGUGCGGAAGACCCAGUUCACCCUGGACAAGGUCCCGUUCCUGUCCCCCCUGCAGGGACACGUCCAGGUGCGCAUCCACUGCCACAUGGACAGUGGUGUGGAGGAGAGGGGCUUCCUCACCAUGUUUCAGGAUGUGGGUGGAUUUGGAUCCUGGCACCGUCGCUGGUGCGUCCUGUCCAACUGGCGGUUGGCGUACUGGACCUACCCUGACGAUGAGAGGAGGAAGGACCCCAUCGGAGUCAUUGACGUGGGCCAGUGUAUCACCAAGAACAUCACCACAGUGUCCAGAGAGUGGUGUGCCCGUCCCAACACCAUCGAGAUUUUGUGUUCCCGGCCAGUUAAGGAUGAUGACAAGGACACCAUUGUGGACACUGUGGACUGGAAGAACAAGACAGUCACUACCAAGCACUGGAUAUCAGCAGACACCAAGGACGAGCGAAUCCAGUGGAUAGCACAGCUGAACAAGGCUCUCACCAAUCUGCGCAUGUGGUCUGCCAAGAACUAAAAAACUUGAAGCCAUUUUUAUAUUCAAUGCUAUGAUAUCUGUAUGUAAUCAUGCCUUUGUAUAGCAGUAUUGUAAUGGCAUCAUUCACUUCUGUACUGUCCAUCUCUCCAUACUGUACUUCAAAUAUAUACAAUUGCUAUCAUUAUUUUAAAUCAUAGAGGGUCAAAUAAGGUGAAGUUAUAGUCUUGCCUACCACUUAAUACCUCUUAUAACUACAGACAGGCUGGGGGUUAUGAUUAUGAGCUAGUGUCAAUUUGAGAAACUUAAAUAAUUCUCGAUACCAAAAAAAUAAGGGAUUUGUAUGAUUUACACCGAACAAUGCAAAUGUGCCUGGCAACAGUGAUCUACUGUGGGGAAAGGGUUUAGACUGAGCAGAGAAUUUACUAUUGGUAUGAUCCAACAUACUUAUUUCCAACCCCUUGCUUGUAUAUAGAACCUGUAUUAUUGCUAUACUAUCAUCAUAAUUCAUUCCCAAAUCAUAUGCAUA